AUGAAACAUGUUCGUCUCGAAAAGGCAAUUGAGUUGGAAGCUGUGCAUGAACAUCUGCAGGAACAUUGCAUUACAGAAGACACGGGUAUGGACACAUUUAGUGGAAUAACUCAAGAUUUCAAAGGAAGAAUAGAAUGUUACAAACAUGAUUGGAUUUGUGCAAUCAAUACUGGCAUCAGGAUACUGGCUCCAACUUUCUACAUAUUCUUUGCUUCUGCACUUCCAGUCAUUGCUUUUGGAGAACAGCUUAAUAGAGAUACAGGUGGAAGCUUGAGCACAGUUGAAACAUUGGCAUCAACUGCUAUUUGUGGAGUUAUCCACUCAAUAUUUGGUGGUCAACCUUUGUUAAUUGUAGGAGUUGCUGAACCAACUUGUCUCAUGUACACCUAUCUAUACAAUUUUUGCGUAAAAACACCAGAGUUAGGUGCUAAGCUUUUUUUGGCUUGGGCUGCUUGGGUCUGUGUCUGGACAGCAUUGCUGCUGAUUCUGCUGGCAAUUUUCAACGCGUGUAAGAUUAUAAGUAGGUUUACUAGGAUUGCAGAAGAACUAUUUGGCAUGCUAAUUACUGUGCUUUUCUUUCAACAGGCUGUAGAGGGAGUCCUAACUGAGUUCAAGAUACCGAAGGCUGCAGAUCCCUCGUUAGAAGAAUAUCAAUUUCAUUGGCGGUAUAUAAAUGGAUUACUUUCAAUCAUUUUCUUUUUCGGGUUAAUUUUCACUGCCAUGUUAAGCAGAAAAGCAAGAAAAUGGCGAUACGGAACAGGUGGCUUACGAGCCUUGGUUGCAGAUUAUGGUGUUCCAAUGAUGGUAGUGCUUUGGACUGCAAUAUCUUAUGCUGUGCCAGGCAAAGUUCCACCAACAGUCCCUAGAAGGUUGUUUUGUCCAUUUCCUUGGGAUCCUGCAUCUCUCUACCAUUGGACAGUAAUGAAGGAUAUGCUAAAAGUACCAUUGUUGUAUAUCUACGGAGCAUUUAUUCCGGCAAUCAUGAUAGCGGGUUUAUACUUUUUUGAUCAUAGUGUAGCUUCCAAGAUGGCUCAACAGAAGGAGUUCAACCUUCAAAAACCAUCUGCAUACCACUAUGAUGUUUUUCUCCUUGGAAUAAUGACUCUUAUUUGCGGUCUUCUCGGUCUUCCUCCAUCAAAUGGAGUCCUUCCUCAGUCUCCUAUGCAUACAAAGAGCUUAGCAAUUCUUAGGAGGCAGAUGAUUCGAAAGAAGGUGGUGAAAGGUGCCAAAGAAUGCAUUAGGAACCAAGGAACGAACGCUGAAUUAUAUGGAACGAUGCGCUCCGUGUUUAUAGAAAUGGAUGCAGCGCCUACCGCUAAAGAGUUGGAGAAUUUGAGGGAGGCUGUAAUGAAUACUAAUGCUGGUUCAAAGGAAAAGUUUGAUCCUGUAAAACAUAUUGAUUCCUAUUUGCCUGUUAGAGUCAAUGAGCAAAGAUUGAGCAACUUGUUGCAGGCUUUCUUUGUUGCCUUAUUACUAUUAGCUACAUCUCUUAUCAAAAGGAUACCGACCUCGGUUCUUUGGGGAUAUUUCGCCUACAUGGCAAUUGAUAGUCUUCCAGGGAAUCAAUUUUGGGAAAGAAUUUUGCUUCUUUUCAUCACCCCGAAAAGGCAGUACAAAGUUUUGGAAGGCUCUCAUUCAUCAUUUGUGGAGUCGGUACCAUUCAAGACAAUAGCAGGAUUUACAGUUUUACAGCUUCUAUACUUUUUCCUCUGCUAUGGUUUAACGUGGAUACCUGUUGGUGGAAUAUUGUUUCCAUUGCCUUUCUUCCUUCUCAUAAUGCUAAGAGAGAAAUUGCUUCCAACAUUAUUCAAGGCAAGCCAUCUUCAGGAACUAGACGCUUCUGAGUAUGAGGAAAUUGUCGGUGCUCCACUUGGACCGUACAAUAUACCACUAAUCGACAAAGAUACGCGUAAUAGUACUGACAGUGAUAGCGAAGAAGAAAAUGAUUAUGACGCGGAGAUUUUGGAUGAGAUGACAACUCAUAGAGGAGAGUUGAAAUUUAGAACAAUAAACCAAAAUGAUAAUAGAAGCUUCAACCGUAGCUUCAAUUAUCGCUACAAUGAUGACAGAAACUCUCAGGGUUACCCUGAUGAAACUAUCCGUAUAUGA